ACAAAUACCAGAUACUAGAUAUUAUAUGGUCUUUCUCUCCAAAGUAGCAUGGAAAGUAUAACCUUCUCAUUCUCUAAACUUUAAAGCUCUCUUUCUAAAUAUAGAUGUUCUUUUCCUCACACUGUCACUUUUUCUCUUUGCACACAUACAAUACUAAUCUUUGUGCUGGAUGGUAAUUAGAUUCUAUGAUGAAGUGAUUGUAGCACACAAUCUUGAUCUUUUAGAUGAUGGGUUUGCGGGAAAAUCUUUACUAGGGCAUGAAAGUCUUCAAGGGGCUUUGCUUUGAGCCCUCCACAGCUCCACCAUUAGUGAUCAGAGAGCUGGAAGAUGGACAGGACCAGAUUAGAUUUAAGGUUUCAUCACUCUGGAUCAGCACAGUCUGAGGAGUCUGCUCUAGACUUGGAAAGAAAUUACUGCAGUCAUCAUCCUAAUCUUCCUUCAUCAAGUCCAUUGGCCCUCCAGCCUUUUGCAUCUAGUGGUCAGCUCUCUGAGAGCAAUGCCGCCUACUUCUCGUGGCCCACUUUGAGUCGGUUAAAUGAUGCAGCAGAAGAUAGAGCAAACUAUUUUGGAAAUCUUCAGAAGGACGUUCUCCCUGAAACUUUGGGCCGGUUGCCAUCAGGGCAGCAGGCUACAACCUUACUUGAGCUGAUGACCAUUAGGGCAUUCCAUAGCAAGAUCUUGCGCCGGUUUAGUCUUGGGACCGCAAUUGGGUUUCGGAUUCGACAAGGCGUCUUAACAGACAUUCCAGCCAUUCUUGUCUUUGUUGCCCGUAAAGCUCACAGGCAAUGGCUAAGCCAUGUGCAGUGUCUACCUGCUGCCCUUGAGGGGCCAGGAGGUGUAUGGUGUGAUGUGGAUGUUGUAGAAUUUUCCUAUUAUGGUUCCCCGGCUCCAACUCCAAAAGAACAGCUGUAUACAGAGCUCGCAGAUGGCUUGCGGGGAAGUGAUCCAUGCAUUGGUUCUGGUUCCCAGGUUGCUAGCCAGGAGACUUAUGGAACUCUGGGUGCUAUUGUUAAAAGCCGAACAGGAAAUCGACAGGUUGGUUUUCUCACAAAUCGGCAUGUGGCAGUUGAUUUGGACUAUCCAAACCAGAAAAUGUUCCAUCCUUUGCCACCAAGCCUUGGACCUGGGGUGUAUCUUGGCGCUGUGGAGAGGGCAACAUCUUUUAUCACAGAUGAUCUUUGGUAUGGCAUAUUUGCUGGAACAAACCCAGAAACAUUUGUGCGAGCUGAUGGUGCCUUUAUUCCUUUUGCCGAGGAUUUCAACAUGAACAAUGUAAUUACGACUGUAAGAGGUGUAGGUGAGAUUGGUGAUGUCAACAUCAUAGACUUGCAGUCACCAAUCGACAGUCUUAUUGGAAGGCAAGUGAUGAAAGUUGGGAGAAGUUCAGGCUUGACUACUGGAACCGUCAUGGCGUAUGCUCUAGAAUACAAUGAUGAAAAAGGGAUUUGUUUCUUUACUGAUUUUCUUGUUGUUGGUGAGAACCGGCAGAGUUUUGAUCUUGAAGGUGAUAGUGGAAGUCUCAUUCUAUUGACUGGUCAGAAUGGGGAGAAGCCACGACCUGUUGGGAUCAUUUGGGGUGGAACAGCUAACCGUGGUCGCUUGAAACUAAAAAUUGGCCAACCACCUGAAAAUUGGACUAGUGGAGUUGAUCUUGGGCGCCUUCUUGACCUCCUUGAACUUGAUCUUAUAACAACCAAUGAAGGGUUUCAAGCUGCAAUCCAAGAGCAACGAAAUGCUUCAGCUGCAGGGAUUGGUUCCACAGUGGAGUCAUCCACAGCUGUCCGGGCUCCAUCUAAAGAUAAGCUAGAAGAUAACUUCGGACAUCUGGGUUUCAAUCUUCAGAAAAUUCCUUUUGAAGGUGAGUCCUGUCAGGGACUGAGUCGGCCGUUCAUUCAUGGUGACUUUCACAUAGAAAAUGGUGUUAAAACUUCUCCGAAUGUAGAACACCAAUUCAUUCCAAGGUCCACCUGCAGAUCUCCAGUAAAUCAAAGCAAUCGAGAGGAAAACCCACUAUCAAAAAACCUCUUGGCAUUGCGGAAUGGCUCUGAUGAAGAGAUUUCUGUUUCGUUGCAGUUAGGUGAGCCAGAACCGAAGAGAAGAAAAAACGGCAACGCUCUCUUUAGCACUAAAGGACCCAAAUGAAGUAGGAAUGAGUAAAUUAACUCUCUUUUCUUGAAGUAACUUUCAUACGAGGAGUUGCUUCACUUUGGCUUCAAAUUCUCCGUUACACUUUAUUCCGGAGUGUAAUUGUUGGGUCAUAUCUUCUCCUGCAUCAAUUGCUAUAUGGAAUCUUGGAUAUUUUGGUAAGGAUAAAAAGUAUAGGUCAUAUAUGUGGAGCAUACAAUGUUUUAUAGAGAUGUUUAGGUCGUACCCCGCUUUCAUUUUUACUUUUGAUUUGUAUCACUUUGGUGAAUAUACUUAUAGCAUUAGCACUCCUGAAGUUGGGAGCAUAAGCAGCUAUUGGAAUCCAACAGAAUGUAAAAUGUUACUUUUGGCUAGCAACGUUAGUUUGUUCAGAGCCUAAUUGAGGGUUUCUUUUUUAUGGUAGAAAAGGAGGGAGCAAGGUGGCGUAGACCAAUUGUAUUUUCUUAAGUCUAAUAGUCUGUAAGUGAAGAACUCAUAUUGUGGCUAUAUUUGUAAAUGCGGCUUCAAAUGAGACAUUUUCUACUAUUUCUUAUUUGUUUUGCGUGUCAUUUUCAAAUGACGUAUGCUCUUAUGUCA